GCAGCGGCAGAAGGAGAGGGCUCUCCAUGUCGGUUCAGUGAGCUCACGCACGUCGAACACUCAUCAACGCAACGGAGCCGCGGCGCGGUACCCGUCGACGUCCAAAAAUGGCGUUCCCCGCGGCGUAGCUCGCCGACGACCGCCAAGUCCGCGCAGCCGGUGCCCGCCGACGUCGUCGUGAUCCGCGCUCUCGAGCCCGCCGAGCGACCUGCUGCAUCCGGUGGACCUGGCAGCGGCCGCCACUACGAGGAAGAACCGACGUACUCGAGAAUGCAGUCGACCGAACAGCUGCGACCAGAGCAGCUGGUGGGCCUGGUGGCCCGCUCGGCUGAGGGAACGGCCGCCAAGGGGAUGCCGAUCAAGGGCCACGAGGAUCUCUGGGUGGAGAUUCAGGCCAACACGUUCCGCAACUGGGUGAACGAACACCUGAAACACGCCGGCGACAUAGGCGGCGGCCCCGUGCUAGACCUCGCCGAGGACUUCAGGGACGGCACUCGUCUCUGCGCCUUGGUCGAGGUGCUCACGCAACGCCGACUGCCGCGAUGGAACCCGAGACCGGCGAACCAGCACCACCACCUGGAGAACGUGUCCACGGCGCUGCAGGCCAUCGAAGCCGACGGCGUGAAGCUCGUCAAUAUCGGUAACGUGGACAUCGUGAACGGCAACCUGAAGCUGAUCCUCGGUCUGAUAUGGUCGCUCAUUGUGCGCUAUCAAAUAGGCAAAUCCAAGUUCCCGCCGAGGAAGCUCAUGCUCGCAUGGCUCAAGGCUGUCCUGCCGGAAUGCAGAGUCAACAACUUCACGACCGACUGGAACUCCGGCGUGUACCUGAGCGCGCUUCUGGACUACUGCAAGCCGGGUCUGUUCCCUCACUGGCGACAGCUCGAUCCGAACGACAGCGUGUACAACUGCCGCAAGGCCAUGGAGAUGUCGAAACGGGAGUUCGACAUUCCCAUAGUGCUAGAGCCGGACUACCUCGCUUCGCCGUACCUGGACGAGCUCUCGGGAAUGACCUACUUGUCGUACUUUAUGAAGGAGGGCUCGCCGGGCUUCCAUGCAACACUACGAUGGGUCAAUUCGCAAUUAUCACAUACCUCGAUACGGAACUUCACGACGGACUGGAACGACGGCAGAGCUCUGUGCGGUGUUGUCCGAAACUUGGGCGGCCCGGCGCCACCCUACGAGAAACUCGACAUCGACCCUUCCGCUUGGGAACACAAUUUACAAAUGGGUAUCGACGGCGGCAAGAAACUGGGCGUGGAGCCUAUUCUGAAAGCGAAAGAUAUGGCGGACCAGAAUGUAGAGCAUUUAGGCGUAAUGGCAUACGCCGCGUACUUUCAGUGGGUGAAGCCUCGCCCUCAGGCGAGCCAGCAGAUUGCCGUGCACAUCGACAGCACAUCCGCUCGGGCGCAACAGCCGGCACACUUCAAGCUAGAGAUGCUGACCAAAGAUGUAAACGCAAGGGAGGUGCGCGGCGAGAUCAUCAGCCCCAGCGGACGCGUCGAGUGCAGGCUCGCGUGGAACGGAGUGCACGGCAAAGGCACCUUCGUGCCUGCGGAAGUCGGCAUGCACAAGCUAAUGGUGUACAACGACGGCGAGCUGGUGAACGGGUGCCCCUAUUACUUCAGGGUUUUACCGCCGCUAACGAAAAUCAAAUCUCCGGGCAUGGAUCCUUGCGCCAUAGGAUCUAUCGUCGAGGUUCUAGUCAAUAGUUACGGAACUAGUCAUGAUGGUAUCGACGUGACCGCGUGGUCACCCACCGGCAGGUCACUGCCGUGUCCUGUCAAGGAAAACGACGGUGUGCACACGGCAACUUUUCAGCCCGACGAGACGGGGGAGUGGAGCAUCGCGAUAACGCACAAAGGAAAUCACAUACAAGGCGGCCCCUUCACCUGCUUCGUGUUCGACCCGAACGGAAUCAAGCUCUUGGACACCGACGGCGCCAUGCCCGGACAGCCAUUUUCCUUCAUCGUCGACGCGAGAGGGACUGGCGGGCUUGGUGAUGUGAUCAUCGACAUAGUGCACGACAAGCAGUCAGUGGCCUAUAGAAUGGAAGACUUUGGUCACAUGCAAUAUCGCGUCUCCUUCGUUCCCGGCGACGCCGGCAAGUACAGGGUGUACGUGUACUUCAACGGCUCGGAUGUCCGCGGUUCGCCGUUCUCCAUACGAGUGGGCACGCAGAAGGGCUCCAGGCGAUCGAAGGAGUCCACGUCUAGCCUGGAGCGAUCCAAGGUGUCGUCUCUGGAGCGACGAAUGAACGGGCUGAACAUCUCCGCGACGGAGAGGUCCAGUCCGACCCAAAAGAUCUACACGUCCACCGCGUACAAGUCCAUCAGCCCGACGCAGCGCGGUUAUUCGCCCGUCCAUCAGACCAGCCCGACCUAUAAGACGUCCAGUACUACCAAUUACGUCAACGAGAACUCUAGCAGCUCGAUGUACCACAGCAGCAGUUCCCUCAACCGCACCCGUUCGCCAAACCUCACUCACAGCCCUGUGCAAAGAAACGUGCAUAGCCCGUCGGUACUGAAGGAGACGAAAGAGAUAUAUAGUGGCAACAGCAACUCGUACAAUCAGCACUCGAGAUCACCGAAUCUGCAGAGUCCCAGCUUCAUCAAGGAGUCCAAGGACAUCUACUCGUCCAGCACGCUCAACAGAUCACGUUCGCCGACCAUGAGCCCGACCGCGGCGCUUGGCUCGCGUCAUUCGCCCAUCAUCAAGGAGUCCAGGAACAUCUACAGUUCAGGAUCCCUCCAGAGAUCGCGCUCGCCGACCCGCAGCCCGAUGAUGUACCGAAGCGCUACGCAGAGCCCGGUGAAUCGCAGCUUCAGUCCGCGCAGCGGCGACAAAGACAACGGCGUCGUGGACACCAGCAGCAACGUGCGAGUGUCGUCGAUGGUCGGCGGCACUUCCAGGCGAGACUCCUGGGACGCGAUCGCUAAGACGCGCUCGUUGCUGUCGUACGGCAGUUUGGAAUCCUUGGCGAAUCUGACGAACAAUUCGCCGACCGGUGACAACAUCGGCGCCGGCGCCGGCAGCCCGAAUAACUUCCUUAACAAUAAUUACAAGAACGCACAGAGCUAUUCCUCCUCCACCGCCACGACUACCACCGCCACCACCACCACUGCUGUCAGCAGCAGCACGAAGAACACGACGUCGCACACUGCGACGAGUUACUCGACCCUCCAGAAAUCAUCGAGUCCCGACUAUGGCGCCGGACAAAAGUACAGCAACGAUGGUCAGCAGAAUACACGCACGCAUGGUAUCUUGAAGAACAAGAACAACAACUACUACAGCAACAACAAGAGCGUGGACACGACGGACGCGGCCGUGCACGAUCGCUAUCUGAAUAACGGCGGUUCCGUUUACGUGUCGACGCCUGUAUCGUCCGGCAAAAGUCCGCUUGUCGCCACCGGAAGCGCGCUGGAGACGCUGCCGGUGCACCGGCCGACCACUUUCAGCAUCGCCUCCGCCGUGGAUCCCAAUAAGGUGUCCGUCACCGUGACCGGUCCGAGCGGCAAGAGCGUGCCGGUGCAAAGGUCGAAGCUGCGAGGCUUGACGUACACGAUCACCGCCGAAGAAGUCGGCGAGCACGUGAUCCAAGUCUUGGUGAACGGCCAGCAUAUCAAGGGAUCCCCCUUCAGGUCGCAGGCGUACAACGCCCGAGCUAUACAAGUUGGGAAUAUCCCGAACGGAGUGGUGAACCAGCCGGUGGAAUUCGAAAUCGACGGGUCGAGAGCCGGCUCCGGGAACUUGGAGAUCCUCGUGAACGGAGGACAUGUUACCAGUUUCGUGAGAGCGCUAGGCAGUCAGCGUUUCUUGGCAUCGUUCGUGCCACAUGAAGCGGUCACACAUUUAGUGGAAAUGACGUUCAACGGCGAAGUCAUUCCUGGAUCACCUUGGCGAGUCGGCAUAAUGCCUGCACCGAAGAUGUCAGUGAUCGGUGACUCCAUCAGGCUGGUCCCUGCUGGUAGCCCUGCCCUCUUCGAGUUGUCCGCGUUAGGUUUCAGGAGCAAUGAGAUCGACGUGCAGAUUAUAACACCCUCGAAGAGGCAUAUUCCCGCGAGGAUCGACGAGGAGCCAGGACGAUCCGGCGAAUUUCGUGUCGAGUUCACGCCGACCGAAGUAGGCAGUCACCUCGUGGAAGUCAGCAUCGCGGGACAAAAGCUACCGGCGGGACCACUCGUCGCCAAGGUUUACAACAGCAGUUUGAUCCAGGUUACUGACGUACCUAGCGCCGUGGUCGGUCAUGCCUGUCAAUUCAGAGUGGAUGCUAGCGCUGCUGGGGAAGGCCAGCUGGAGAUCUCCAUAAACGAGGGCGAAGUGCCCAAUCACGUGCAAGUAGUGGGUGGUGGCCGUUGCCUCGUAUCCUUUACGCCCGAAGUCGCAAAAUCACAUUAUAUCGACAUCAAGUUCAACGGAGAAGCGGUACGCGGGUGUCCGUUCGUCUGCAAUGUCUCGGACACGAGCAGAGUCACGUUGAGUUUGAAUCAUCUGGAACUGAUCCCCGUCGAUCAGCCCGCCAGCUUUCACAUGGGAGUCGAUGGAAGCGGAAGCGCGGAGCUCGCGGUUUCCGUAAGGGGACCGAGCAGCGAACUGCCGGUUAAAGUGACCGGUGAUAUAAGCAGCGGCUUCACCGCGGAAUUCAUACCGAGGGACGUAGGCGUACACUCAAUUAGCGUGGAAUAUAACGGCUAUCCCGUGAACGGCACACCAUUCUUAGCUAAGGCUUUUAACGCGGACAAAGUGUUAAUUGGACCAGUAGCCAGAGGCAGUGUCGGCCAACCAACUCACUUUACUGUCGACGCGAGUCAAGCUGGUGAAGGGAACCUGGAGAUCACGAUAUCGGCUCGCGGCCAGAAUAUACCAACGCAAGUGACGCCGCAAGGAAACGCACGCUUCUCCGUCAGCUUUGUGCCGUUCGAGGCGUGCGAGCAUGUUAUCAACAUCGCCUUCAACAAGAAGACGGUGCCAGGCUGCCCCAUAGUGACGCGCGUGGGUAGCGAUAGCCAUGUAACUGUGAGUGGACAGGCAUUAAGCAGCGCUGGAUUAGGACGGCAAAGCUAUCUUACCGUCAGUAACGUUGCCGGUAGCUUGGAGGAUUUAGAAGUUAACGUUGAAGGGCCCAAUGGACAGGCCGUACCCGCUCAGGUCACUGACAACAAAGACACAACAUGCAGCGUGGCCUUCACACCGAGAGUCGUCGGAGAGCACCGUAUAUCGGUGAGCCAUCGGAAUAUUCCGGUGGUUGGCAGCCCCUUCAGCUGUAAAGUGUACGACGUCACCGCGAUCAAGGUGAAGGAUGCUAAACGAGGCGUCAUUGGUAUGCCCGUGACUUUCUUGGUCGAGACUAGUCAGGCGGGACCAGGAAACCUCGAGGUCACCGUGAACGGCGGACGAGUACCAACGUCGGCACAGGCUCAGGGUCCUCAUACCUACGCAAUCUCGUUCACCCCGCGCGAACCGAUCGUGCACACUGUGGACUUGCGGUUCAACGGGGAGGACGUGCCUGGCAGUCCGUUCAGUUGUCAGGUCAGCGAUACCGCGAAAGUACUGAUAACCGAGGGACUCGAGAAAGUAUCUGUGAAUCGUGUCGCGACCUUUACAAUAGAGGCUGACGCGUCUCUGGGGACACCGGUUGUCGAGGUGCUCUCUCCUACCAGAGAGAGUUUACCUGUGCACAUCAAGCAAAAUAGUCACGGCACCUAUACCGCUGGAUUUACACCGAAAGACGUCGGCGAUCACAGUGUCGAGGUGAAACUUAACGGCUCACACGUGGAAGGAAGCCCGUUCCUCGUCAAAGCCUACAACGCUGACAAAGUUAAGGUGACGGAUAUAAACAGCGGGAUUGUUGGAAAGCCUGUAUUUUUCAGCAUCAAUGCCAGUCAAGCUGGAGCUGGGAACUUAGAAAUCAUAGUCGCGGUGAACGGCAAGAAUGUUCCAAAUUAUGUGCAAAGCGAGGGCAACGCUAAGUUUAGGGUCAACUUCAAGCCGCAAGAAGCUGCUGUGCACAGUCUCAGCGUUCGCUUUAACGGAGAGCCGGUUCCUGGUUCACCGUUCAGCUGCAAAGUAGUGAGCGCUGGUCAAGCGGUGCUCUCUGGACACAACUUGAAGAUGAACGCUGUGAAGCGACUGGUGUCCUUCACUGUGGAUCCACAGUCUCCGUCAACAAACUGUGACGUCAUCGCAACGCCGCCGUCGGGUAUCGCUCUACCCAUCACUAUCGAGCCCAUCGACGGCAAGUACAACGUGAGCUUUGUGCCUACGGAGGUCGGCAGACACAACAUCAGCGUCUUGAUAGACGGCGAAUCGAUCAAAGGGUCUCCGUUCGCGUGUAAUAUUUAUGACGUGACAAAGGUCCACGUGUCAGGUCUCAUGGAAGCGUUACUAGGUCAAGCGACCACGUUCACCGUCGACGCCGCGGAAGCCGGCGAAGGAACUCUCGAACUAGUGGUGAGCACGGAGAACAACACGGUUAAAGCCGAGGUCGUGGCCUGCGCGCGUGGACUGUACGAUGUCACGUUUGUGCCGCAAACGACGAGCGCUCACUACGUUAACAUCAGCUUCAACGACGACAAUGUUCCAGGGAGCCCGUUCAAAUGUCCUGUUAUUAGUGGUAUGUUACAUGGUCCAUCGAUGGUUCGAGUUGGUAAUACGGCUUAUAUCGACCUGGAUAUGUCCGACUUGAAUGGUCCUGUAGCGGCGGAAGUCACCGGCCCGGACGGUAUAAUCAUUCCAUGCACGUUAACGAAAUUGUCGUCCAGUUUGUACCGCGUGGAAGUUCGAACGCGGCAAGUAGGGACUUACAGCAUAAUAUUCAACGACGGGCACAAGAUGGUCAGUUCGCAGACGCUUCAAGCUUUCGAUCCGAGCAAAGUUUCCAUCAAGGAAGUAGCAGACGUAGUUUGCCAUCGACCCGGAACUAUUUUGGUCGUCGCGUCGAAGGAAGCCGGUCCCGGCAAAUUGGCCGUUAACGUGCGCGCCGGUGGUGCUGACGUGGACAGUUUGGUGAGGGAGGGAGACAACGGUGUCUACGAGAUUGUGUUCCAUCCUACACGCGCCGCGCCUCAUAGAGUUCACAUCAAGUACAACGAGGUCCAUAUCCCAGGGAGUCCAUUGGACGUGACAGUGCGCGGUCCUACCGGAGGGCGAGAAGUUACGGCAACAGGACUAGGCUUGUAUCAGUCAUGCGUCGGGAAAGUGACGUCGUUCACGAUCGAGACCCUUGGACGCCCUGGCAAGGAGUUCGACGUCGUCAUCAGCGGUCCGCAGGGUAACGCCGUGCCUGUACGUUGCUAUCAGCAUCGCGACGGCAACCUGCUCGCCGAGUUCACGACGAAUUCCGUCGGCACAUAUAAGAUCGACGUGUUGCAAGGGGCAAAGCCUGUGUUGGGUUCGCCGUUCUUUUGCCAGGCCUUCGACGCCGCCAAGGUGAAGCUUCAAGAGUUGGGCCCCAUGACGAUUUCAGUUCAUGACCACAUCGCCUUCAAACUGAUGAAAGCCGACGCCGGCAUGGCCGAUUUGGACGUGACGGCGACGAGUCCAACGGGCCAGGAGAUUCCACUACAAGUGACUCCGCUCAACGACGGUGCCGAGAUGAUCGAGUUCUCACCCAGCGUGCCCGGUACUUACAUGAUCAACGUCACCUACGGCGGAUGCUCUGUGCCUGGAAGUCCAGUGGUAUGCACCGUCGACGCAGCGGGGCAGGCGCGCGCGAAAGGCGAGGGCUUGCUAAGCGGUCACGUGGGCAAACCGGCGCAUUUCAUCGUUACCGGGACGAGGAGUCCUCCGGCAGUUCAGGUGGAUGGGCCGGACAGCGUUUCCAAAGCUACUAUCGAAGCUGGCGCUAAUCCGGGUACGUGGAACGUGUCGUAUGUGCCUACCGAAGUGGGUGUCUUCGAUGUGAGAGUCGUCUCGGCUGGACAACAACUGCCGGGAUCGCCGUGGCAUCCCAAGAUCAUAGAUACGCGGAAUCUGCGUGUUAUCGGUGGAUGGUCUGCUGUGUGCGACGAUAUCGGUCGCUUGAAGCUACACCCCACCAACAAGAUCAGCUUCGACACCGCGGAGGCCGGACCCGGCGAGAUCAGCGGCACCAUCGGCGAUCAUUCGCUGAGCUUCGAAAUGACGUCUAACAACCGGCUGAAGCUUGUUCCGCCUCAAAUCAGCGGGGGCGAGCAUCGACUGGAAAUACUCUUCAACGGGACACCGUUUCCCGGUGCGCCAAAACUCGCAGUCGUGCAGGAUUUGGAGCCACCAGUGCAGGACACAAGCAGAGUGCUGCUGAAAGGGCGGGGGCUCACGUCGGCCAAAUGUGGCGAAGAAGUCAGUUUUACCAUAGACGGCUCUCAAGCCGGCAACGGAACCCCAAAGGUUCAACUGUUCUCACCUACGAGCGAGCUCAACGUCAUGUUACAACAUCUAGGCGACAGUGUUUAUCGCGCUAGUUACAUACCGUUAACGCCGGACCCACUACUAAUGACUGUCUCGUGGAACGGAAGGCAGCUGAAGGGUUGUCCCCUGCAGAUUAACGUUACGAGCGCGGCCGACGCGUCCAGAGUCAUCUGUUCUGGGGACGGACUGAAGCAUGGCGUUGUCGGCCAAGAGAUUCGGAGCUUCAUCGACACGAGAAGAGCUGGACCAGGCGAGUUAACAGCGCAUUGCGUCGGACCGCACAAAGUAGCGUACUGCGAGUUGUACGAUCAUGGCGAUGCCACGUUCACAUUGAAUGUAAAGCCUCAGGAAGCAGGUCGGCAUGCGUUGACGAUCAAAUACGCCGGCGAGCAUGUUCCCGGAUCGCCAUUCACGCUGCGGGUUUCUGGCGCUCCGGACGCUUCGAAGGUACGUGUUUACGGGCCUGGAAUCGAGCACGGUGUAUUGGCGACCUUCCAGUCGCGAUUCAUCUGCGACACCCGAGGCGCCGGCGCUGGCCAACUUACGGUGAGGGUGCGAGGACCUAAGGGAGCGUUCAGAGUGGAGAUGCAGAGAGAAACGCAAAAGGAUCGGAUCAUCCUCUGCCGAUACGACCCGACGGAACCCGGCGAUUACAGAGUGGAGGUUCGCUGGGCCGGCGUGCUUGUGCCGGGCUCACCGUUCCCGGUGAAGAUCGUCGACACGCAGGAUGAAUUAUUAAUGCUCGCGCAGAGUGGAGACAAUUAUUCGACAGGCCAUCAUACUAUCACAUCGUGGCGUGGAUCGCAAGCUAUACUGUAGAGACGCCGCGUCUAACAUUGUUAUUUUGUAUGGACUAAUAUAUUUGGUAAUAUAUAUAUAAUAAUUAUUGUAACUUAUGCAAACACAUUUCCAAUAAACACAACUUUCAGCAGUUA